AUAGCAACAGGCACUACUCCCCAGUCCCCACCGAGCCGCACACUGCAUGCUCCCUUAUCCAAAACAUCGCCAUUCCUCGGCCGGCCAGUCCACUGCCGCUCCGCCGCCUCGUCGGCUAGGCCGCCGCGCCACCAUCGGAGCUUCAUGGCCGCCGGCACCUUCAACCGUUGCUACACACCGCCCGGGCUUGCCCACCUCCAGAUCGAGCCGGCAAACGGACGGAUCCGUCUUCCCCGUGUCCGUCCCAGUCCUCUCUGCCUCGCCGGAGUCGUCAAGGUGCCGGCCCUCAUCCACCAAGUCAACUGCAUCGCACCCCUGCUUCGUCUCGGGAGGAGCAGCGAGCCAGCGCCCGCUUCUGCAUCGAGCACUGCUCGAUCCGACCGCGUCGCCCAAGGCCCAGUCCGCCGCCGCCUUCCUCCGCCCUCGCCGUCCUCCCGCCGGAGGUCGCCGCCAGCAUGAACGUCGCCUCCUCAAACUCUCCGCCCGCCUCCGGCCACGUCCUCGACUGGAUCCGCCGGAUCUUCAUCGCCACGCCAAGUCCCGCAGCCUGACACCGCCGCAUUUUCUUCCCCUGCGCUGCUCGAGAACGAGCAGAGCCGCCGUUCCUCACUUAAAGAGAGACCGCGGUGCAAUUUCUGGAAAACUGAAGGGCUUUUUUGCAAAACAGCCACGACGACGGACGACCAGAAACGCUAGCCGCUUUAUUAUUAGGUAGAGACUAUGUCGCUAAUUUCUUUAUUUUUUUUGCUUGCCCGUUUUCUCUUCCAUGAAUCUGGCCGAUAGGGGCCAGGUCGGCCAACACAUAGCGUGGCUGUCUUGUUGUUUUUUCUUCGGUUAGAGUUCAAAUCGGACCAGAUUAUGUGUAUAUUCUGUUGUGAAGCUGAUUACCUGCCUAUUAACGUGUCCCUUAUUACCACGUACAGCGUGCUAUGGUGGCAUAGUAAAACUUCUAUUUGCCUUCUGA